GUGUGAAUGGGAGUAAACUGUAAUUAUAUUGUGCAAGGACCUCUCUUAAAGGUAGAGUGAGUAAAAUAGUGCUAGAAAAUCAGUCAUGAUUAGAACCAAAGACAGGUAUAACAACAGGUGCAAUUUUUGUAGUGUUAUCUUCAAAUUCAACAAAAUCAACAAAUCACUUUUUCAAACUUUGAAACAAUGACCCAACUUUUUUAGGUCACAGGUGUUUUGAAGAUUGUGAAAGUUUAAACCCAGAGACCCGGUUCUGAAGUGGAGGGAGGGAGAAGGGCAGUCCCUGGUCCUGUAGAGGCUGGACUUUUGGGGCUGGUGUUGGAGCCGACACUGACAGAGCCGUCACCCCUUGGUUCAGGAUGCACUUGUCGCUGCCUGUUUCCCUGCUUCUGGUGCUGCUGGUGUGGGGGGGCUGGUGUGCUGGCCUGAAUGGGACAUCCCCACCCACCCUGGAGCCUGCCGACCAGUGCUCUCCCUGCGACUUCCGUGAGCACAGUAAACUCCUGCGCCUCCAGAGCAUCAAGUCCCAGAUCCUGAGUAUCCUGCGUCUGGAGCGGGCCCCCAACAUCAGCCGGGACAUGAUCCGCACGCUGCUGCCCAAAGCCCCCCCGCUCACCCAGCUACUAGACCAGUAUGACCCCCGAGUGGAGGAAGAGGAACGGGCCAGCACCGAGACCAUCAUCACCAUGGCAACCAAGCCGGAUCAGCUAAUCCAACAGCAGCUGUUCACCUGCUGCCUGUUCAGCCUGAGCCCAAAGAUCCAGCCCAGGAACAUCCUAAGUGCUCAGCUGUGGGUGCACCUGCGCCCGCCCCACGAGGUCAGCAGUGUUUUCCUCCAGAUCUCCCACCUCAGGCCGGGCAGAGAGGGCAACAGCACCAGGGUGAGGGUACGAUCCCUCAAACUGGACAUCGACACAGGGGCAGGGUCCUGGCAGAGUGUGGACAUCAAGUCUCUGCUGCAGGUCUGGCUCCGACAGCCCGAGAACAACUAUGGCAUCGAGAUCAACGCCUUUGACUCUCAGGGAGAAGACCUGGCUGUGAAGUCAGCCGAGCCCGGGGAGGAAGGCCUGCAACCCUUCAUUGAGGUGAAGAUCCUGGACAACCCCAAGCGUUCCCGGCGUGACGUAGGUCUGAACUGUGAUGAGAAGUCUUCAGAGACACGCUGCUGCCGCUACCCGCUCACUGUGGACUUUGAGGAAUUUGGCUGGGACUGGAUCAUCGCCCCAAAGCGCUACCGUGCCAACUACUGCUCCGGAGAGUGCGAAUUCAUGCACCACCAGCAGUACCCCCACGCCCACCUGGUGAUAAAAGCCAACCCCAGGGGCACGGCCGGGCCCUGCUGCACCCCCACCAAGAUGUCCCCUAUCAACAUGCUCUACUUCAACCGCAAGGAGCAGAUCAUCUAUGGCAAGAUCCCCUCCAUGGUGGUGGACCACUGCGGCUGCUCCUGAACACUUUUUACCAUGGUCCGCAAUCCUGAAGUCCUCUCGGAGAGGAAUUUGAAUUUUGUAGCUCCACAAAUUAUUAAUUUGCAAUGAUAACAUGUGGAUAUCAUUAGUG